CUGCCUUCUUUUUUCCUUUGGUCUCCAAAACUGGAGCUGUCCCUAAACCUGCUAUGGGAGACCAGCAUUGUCGCGCGAGGCGCUGGUCCCUUUAGAAGGCUAGCAAAGCGCCCGCCCUAAACGCAAGCGUAGCGCACGGACGACGGCGACGAGCAACACUGCCAACUUUUUCUGCCACACCCACUUCUUCCAUCCUGGAAUGACGGUGACAACGCCCGGGAGCUGCAUGCAACGCAGUGGCGUGGGCUACGUUGGUAUAUGCUUCGACUCCUUUGCAUUCUCGAAUCCCAUCUCCAAGAGAACGCACAUGGCCUCGAACGUAGUUACCGGGAGAGACUCCAUCCUGCCGGAAUGUAGUGCUUACAGCCUCCAUGCACUGGACUGUGGCAACUACGCAGCUUGUGUUGCAAUUUGCACCAGGAACAAACUUGAUGAUUCGCUGAUGUGUCGAGCGACGACUUUCCGAACGUCGGAAACAGCCUCGCGAGCAAUAGAGAUAGUUGCAUCUUACAUAUGUGGUCCCCGGAUGCAACGUCGCAUACCUCAAAAACCCACAAGACUGACCACAGCUCCUCUCGUCACAGAGGAACCGAGCUCAACUUCACAAUCGCUAAACACCGAAAUGAGCGUCCCGAUCGCGCCCAAGUAUGGGAGAUCCUCCCUCUCGCCAGUAGAGGUUGCGUCUCCGGUUACACCAAGGCAGACGACCAGGCUACCAUUACGACAUUGUCCUCCCACGUCAUCUAUGCAUCCAACGACUUUGACGAAUAGAACAUGUCAUCACUCCUUCCAACUUUAUACAGCUCGAAGAGUCUGUGGGGUUCCGGUUCAUAGAGCAGGAGGGCGAAGAUCAAGACAAGGACGAUGAUGAGGAGGAGGUUGGCAAGGAGGAGGACGCGAUUGUUGGAGGCUACGAGAACAAACCUGGCUGGACUUGCAAAACAGCUUGCGCAGGGGCUCAUCCCAGUUCAAGCUCCCCUUUCUAAUGAGGGAGGUGAAGUAGUGCGUGAUCUUCUGCAAGGCAGUCCUGAAGAUGGACGUGCCGCUGCGGCCACCUCCCGCGGGAUGCUGUGAGG